AUGGCGCAACCAAAUCCGCCGACGCCCGUGCCGUCGACCUUCAGCUUUCCCUCGCCAGGGGCAGAACCGACACACCGGCAAGCCUUCACUGAUGCGGUCGCUCAUGCCAAGAAGAUGAUGUCGAGCUACGAUGCUGCGGUACUGCGUCAAGCCGUCCGCGAGCUGUGGGAGUUGACGCUUGUCGGAUCUGAAUACCACAGCUCCUUUCUUUGCAGCACCAUGUUUCACAGAGCCCCUCCAGCGACCUUGAGCCGCACAGUAGAGCAGCAUGGUGCCCGGCUCGUCAAGCACUCGGCGAGCCAGAUCGCCAAACACCUGAAAAUGGCGGAACUUGACAUGAUCGCGCCGCUUCUGCUUCCCAAACUCAGCCCGGCUUUUUUGGACAAGGCGCUUGCGCUGCGCCUGGAGUCUAUCCAGGGACAGCAGCUCGUCAACGCCCUUGGGCGGGCAGAGCGCUUGGGCUACGACGUGCGCGAUGUGGUGACCGGGAAUGCGUCUGGCCCGCCGCGGCAAGAGAAGGUGAUUCCCACGGCGAAUCCAAUCCCAGUGCCGUCAACGUCUAUGCUGCCACGAGCGUCACAGGCGCCGCAACAGCCAGGACCAGGCUCACCAUCGGUAGACCUUCCGUCUGACCAAGACAUUAUGAGGCUCGGCAUUGCCUUCUGCGAGUGCUGCAACCGUCCCUGUGGAGGGCUUAAGGCUCUGCUAACGCACCGACGAAGUGGUCUUUGCGGAACGUUACCAGUGCCUCUUGAAAAACUCAACAAAGAAUUCUGCUUGUUUUGCGGACAGCAGUUUACUACGGUUGGUGGAAUGACAUAUCACAGCCGCAACCACGUCUGCGGCCGUUACGCAGAAGAACAUGCCGAUGCGUUGUGGAAACUGUUCACGGAUGCCGAUCAGUUGUGGAAAUACAGACAGGCGACCGGGGAGGGAUCGUCUCAAGCCUAUACUUCCAGCAGAGGAGUUUGGAAUAGCCAGAAUUCGACGGCAGCCACAGCCGCAGCCGCAUCAAGGAAGACCCCGGCCGCGAGGCCGUCCUCGCCGCAACAAUUGCCAAGCUCAAAGGACCCGUAUGGUCACCUCAGUCCCAACUCACGGCAAGCAUUCGAUACAGCAAUGUCAAUAGUCGAGCACAAAUUUGCAGAGGAGAUGAAGAAAGCAAUGAAGCUCCCGGCAGACGCGCAGAGGGCUGAGAUAGCCCGCGUGAAGAAUCUCUUCAAUAACAAGCAGAGCAUGACGCGCAAAAAGUUUGGCAUCAGACUACGUGAGCGGCGGUCGAGAGCCGAGAUAGAGGAUGAGCGCACGCGCAUGCUCAGCAGCCGUUCGGGCACACCAGCAUCGACAGGAAAGCGGGCUUUCUCGGAAGUCGAGGGCACUCCCUACUCAACAGGAAACCGGGCUACGUCGGAGGUUAGGGGAACUUCGAUGUCGACUGGAGAGCACGACAGCACGAGCAGACAGGGAUCGCCAAAACGCAUACUUCUGAGUGAGAUGGGUAAUGGUGCGCCGGGAUCGCCUCGAAUUGCCGAUCUGACAGACCCGACCUCGACGUCUGCGACACCGCCGGAGGUAUCUCAGCCAAGCGCGCCGGGGACGGCUGGUGCAACGCCGCGGCCCAUGCCCAUGUCGAUUGCCGGAUCCUACACGGCACCAGUCCAGGCGGCGAGCAGCGCGAAAGACACGGAACCAAUUGAGAUUGACGACGACGAUGCCGACGGCAACCAGUCAGGCACGGAAAUGGAUGUGGAUGAGCAGGCGGAUAACAAGGACUCGGCCUGA